AUGGGCAAGAAAAUGAAGUUCCCAUUUCUGUUCAAACCCACCGAAACCACCACCUCCGCCGCCUUGUCGUGGCCGUGGCCGACCUGCGUCAGCAACCCCAGAACAGUCUCUUUCCGGGCCGGCAGCACUGCUGACGACAUCUACGAAACCAUGAACUCAGCUUACCUCGACGACGACAAAAACACAGAUUUCGCAGCAGGCAGUACCGCAGAUUCAUUCUUCAGCAUCUGCAGCUCUUUCGGCCGUGAAGAAAGCUUCUCAUUUCUAUCAGAAAACGAUGAAACUGCGGUGAUUACAAGAGGGUUGAGAUCAGACAGGCUCUUCUUCGAGCCUGGCGCGACGAGCUCCAUACUGGAAGACGCAAAACCACUCGACCACUACCAGCCCUCUCCCUACAAAGAAAACGUAGCAAUCCUGGCAAUAGAAUCCAGGGACCCCUUUCUUGAUUUCCGAGUUUCGAUGGAGGAAAUGGUGGAGGCCCACGGGCUUAAAGACUGGGAAUGCUUGGAGGAGCUGCUGCAAUGGUACCUCAGAGUUAACGGAAAACGCAACCAUGGGUACAUAGUCGGAGCUUUCGUGGAUUUGCUGAUCCAUAUUUCUUUGGCUCGGCCGGAUUCCGAUGAAUCUUCGAGCUCCGCCAUUCAUGAGAACUGCUCUUCUUCUUCAACAACUACGCAGUAUUCGUUCACUUCUCCGCUUUCGUUUUCUUCUUCCACUCGUUCCUCCACCAGCCCGUGUCUAUCUUCGCUGGAAAACGAAGACGAGAUCGUUACUGAUGAGAGAAAUGGAGAAUACAGUUGUUCGUCUUUGUCAGCUUCAUCUUCACCAGGUGUUUGA